CACGCGAAAUAAUAAAAUAAUUUUUAAUAAAAUUAUUAUAAUUUUAUUAGCAUACAGUCUUCGUUAUCAUUAUAAAUAAUUAAUUGUAAUAUUCUGCCGCCGCCGUACCUCCCCGAAAUCUUUUUACCGCGUCGUCUGCUGCAGCGUCUCGCGCGCCAUACACGGCCGGUACACGCGACGACGCCGCCGCCGCGCUCUCUCACCUGCGCCGCGGGCACGCGCGCGUUUUUCCGAACCGCCACACACCACACCGGAUAGGCCGACCGCGAGCAACCGCGCUCGAGAAAAACUCCUGCAGACGAACCGACCGAGGUAUAGCGAGUCCACCGACGAGGUGCACAUUAUUUUAUAAUAGUAAUAAUAUUAUAGAGACGUAUAAUAUUAAUAGUAUAUCAUAACAAUACUAUAAUAAUUGAAGCCGCGGCUCGACAGCAUAAUAAUUAUUAUUGUAUUUUAAAAGCUCAGCAAUAUAAUACCGUCGACCCUAUAAUAUUAUAUUAUAUAUAGGUAUCGUUGUUGUCAUUUCGCGCCGAUCGCAUCAGAGAACCGACAAACGCCGCGCGACAAUAUGGUACACUUGACGUUGGUCGCCAGCCUAGUCUUCGGCUUUGUCGCCGCGUCCACCGCCGGCAUCACCGACGAUGGCACCGAAGGUUUGUCAGCGGUGGGAGCUCCUUGGGAGGACAGCCGUUUGGACGAGAGGAUUUACGCGGACACCCCAAACUAUCUGACGUUCCAGCUGAACCGCAAGAGAUAUUCCGUGCCCUAUCACCCGGUGGCCAGGUUGAGAGCCAGUCAAACGGCCGGCGUGGUGCUACCGUACGCCAUGAUCGCCAACAGGAACUACAUGAAUGACGAAGGAAACCGAUUCGAACCAGUGUGGAAACCGACCGCAGCCGAACUACUGACUGUGCUGAUGAACCGCCGGAAGAACGCGGACACCGGAAUGGACAACACAAAUUUCAUGCGAUUCGGUAUCAGUAAAAGGACGCGUUUCGACGAUAAAUAAAGAGCCUUCAGCGCGCGCGCUUCUUAUUUCUGUAACGGCCAUUGUCGGCUAUUAUUAUUAUUAUUAUUAUUAUUAUUAUUAUUAUUAUUACCCCCAAAAUAGUUUCAUUGUAAAUUAUAAACACGAUGUCAAAACUCGUAUUUUAUCGUUUGGUUUUAUUUUUUAGUUA